UUUGCGGCUGCUGCUACUGCAGCAGUAGCGCAGCAGCAAGAGCGGCUCAGGUUGAUUUAGAAUACGGAUGACAGUGGCCUGGCGCGAGCCCACGACUGACGAAAGCUGCUUAUCCCGCUCGGUUUCCAUGGAGACGAGCAGGAGCAGCGGCGGCAGCGGCAGCAGCAGCGAGGCUGUCAGGGAGCUCGGCUGCUAUCGCGCGUCCGCGGGGGUCUGCAGGAGGAAGGAGGAGGCCGGGGCUGGGACCCUCGCGGCAGACAUGGACUUGCAUUGUGAUUGUGCCGCUGAAACGCCGGCCGCCGAGCAGCCGUCGGGGAAGAUUAAUAAAGCUGCUUUCAAAUUAUUCAAGAAGAGGAAAUCGGGUGGCACCAUGCCCAGCAUUUUUGGGGUCAAAAACAAAGGGGAUGGGAAAAGCUCAGGUCCGACGGGGAUGGUGAGGAGCAGGACCCACGACGGAUUAGCCGAGGUGGUGGUGCUGGAGGGCAGCAAAAAGGAGGAGCCGCGCGCCGGGGGCGACAGUGGCGGGGGCCGUGGCGGCGGUCGGCCGAACCCUGGGCCCCCCAGAGCCGCGGGGACCGGCGUGGGCUCCCUAGCCAACAGCUCGGUGGCUAAGUCUCACAGCUUCUUCUCCCUUUUGAAAAAGAACGGGAGAUCGGAAAACGGCAAAGGAGACCCUGCAGAUGCGAGCAAGGCUGGCGGCAAACAAAAGAGGGGGCUGAAAGGGAUCUUCAGCAGUAUGCGCUGGCACAAGAAGGACAAACGCGGCAAGGAGGAGGAGAAGGAGGCGCACGCGGCCGGCCAGGGCAGCCUGAUCUUGCCGGGUUCGCUCACCGCCAGCUUGGAGUGCGUCAAGGAGGAAACGCCCAGAGCCGCGUGCGAGCCGGAGACCCCCAGCCAGGACGCCCCUAGAGACCCAGCAGGUGAGCUCGGAGGGGGAGAGGAGGUGCCUGCCUCCGCUGAUCGCGCCCCAGCGCGGACCUGCCGCGAGGCCGAGAGCCCCGGGUGCCCUAACGACAAAAGCGCCCGGGGAGAGGACGCCGCGGGGCAUCGGCGCGCCGAGAAGCCCCGGGCACCCCCUGAGUCGGGAGCUGGUGAGGUCCACACUGCCGAGGAUGCUUCCAGGACAGGUGACGUUCCGAUAAAGACUGUCCCCCUUGUCGACUCUGAAUGUGGCAGCGGCCGGGCGUCUGCCGUCCCUGACCCUUCCUCUGUCGAUCCACCCUCAGACCCAUCGGCAGAUCGUAUUUGUUUGAUGUUUUCUGACGUGACUUCACUGAAAAGCUUUGACUCUCUUACAGGCUGUGGAGAUAUUAUUGCAGACCAAGAGGAAGAGGCAGGUCCCAGCUGUGACAAGCAUGCCCCCGGGCCAGGCAAGCCAGUUCUCUCUAAAAAGAACCCCAGCGUGGUGGCCUACCAAGGAGGAGGGGAAGAGAUGGCCAGCCCGGAUGAGGUGGACGACACCUAUCUCCAGGAAUUCUGGGACAUGCUCUCCCAGACUGAGGAUCAAGGACAAGGGCCCCAAGAGGGAGCGGCUAAGGUGGCAGCUGCACUGGAGACCAAAGUGGUGCCAGAGACCUCCAAAGAUGCCAGAAGUGUAGAAGCGUCCAAGGACGUGUCCUUGGUCAAACGCAGGAGGCUCAACAGGAUCCCCAUUGAGUCCCAUCCGAAGGAACAGCCCAAACACCCAGAGAAAGAGAAGGAGCAACAAGAAGGCGUCCCCAACAGUGACGAGGGCUAUUGGGACUCGACCACUCCGGGUCCAGAGGAAGAAAGCGCAAGCAGUGGUAAAAAGGCUGGCAUCCCCCGGGAUAGCUACAGUGGGGAUGCGCUCUAUGAUCUCUAUGCUGACCCGGAUGGAAGCCCAGCAGUCCCUCCUGCCAACGAGGAGACGUCUUGCUUGUCUCGGUUAAAGCCUGUGUCUCCAGGAACCAUCACCUGUCCACUGCGAACACCAGGCAGUUUACUGAAGGACUCCAAAAUCCCUAUUAGCAUCAAGCAUCUCACGAACCUUCCAUCCAGCCAUCCAGUUGUGCACCAGCAACCAACCAGGAGUGAGAUGCCCAGAACAAAAAUUCCGGUCUCCAAAGUGCUGGUUCGCAGGGUCAGCAACCGGGGCUUGGCUGGAACCACCAUCCGGGCAGCAGCUUGCCACGAUAGUGCCAAAAAGUUGUGAGGUCUCCGAUGCCAAGGUGGAUGGGCCACAUAUCAAGGAAUACAACUUUCCCCCUGGAAACCAUUAAAGGAUAUUUGCUUCCCCUAAAGAAAGUCAUUUAGUACAGCCCCCUUCUCUGGAGCCUGGACCUAUUAGGUCUUUGUGCUGGGAACAGGGGCAGGAUACAGCGGAGAGGGGGAUGCUACACCUGGGAUUCUCCUCUCAAGAUAAGUCCCUGAGAAUUAUUUUCAAGUACUUUUUUUUCUUUUUCUUUUUUUAACCUUUAAAAAAUAUUUUUUGUUCCUUUUUCUUUAAUACACUGAACCCUUGGAAGUCACCUUUACUUGCCUUUGCAGAAAACAAGACUUAACCAAACCUAAGUUAGCUCAUGCCAGGAUAUUGGGCUGUGCUAGAGUCAGAGGGCCUGGAGGAGUCACUGCAGACCAGAGGACACUUCCCUUUCUUUCUUUCCUUUUCCUUUUCAGAGAUGGGUGGGGGGAAGACCCAUUUCUGUGUCACUGUGUGGAAAACAUCUAACAAAGCUGAAAGAACCAGGGAGUUCUACCUGAUCAAAAGGGAUUUUGGUUGACAGAAAACUUCCCUACUUUCGUUGGCUAGGUGUGCCAAUAGGUAUAGAUUUAUCACUUGGAAAAUAAAGAAAAGUUUUGGUUUGGUUGGUUUAGAUCAUUUGGGGAUAAAUAAAAGGCUUACAGAGUAGUUUUUCACUUUUUGUUUGUUUGUUUGGGGGGGAUCACCUGCCCCUAUCUACCCAGUACAAAAAUCCAGAUCAGGGAAAGAUUUCACUAAAUGCCAAUAGAUACAGUAUUUUAGCAUUUAAAAUUUAACCUUCUCAUGUAGAUAAUGCAUAUUUUACAGCUCAUCCCACUGUUAAUAUUUUAUAAUCUGUCAAUACCCUAGAAUUUAAAAUCUGGUCUUAUAGCUGGAUAUGAUGACUAUCCCCAAACCAUUAGGUUCUUUUAUGUACUGUAACCUGAUACAGAGCUGGUUUGGGUUUAUAAGGGCUCUCUGGUCCUCAAAAAAGAUCUAUUGUGUUGGUGUCCCAGAGGAAUGGUUUUACCUUGUCUUGAUUAAGAGUCCAUUUGUUUUUCACCUCAAACCCUUGUUUUCAAAGAUUUUAUCUUAGUUAUAAAAUUUUAAAUCCAACAUUUCAUCAAUGGUGGUGAGUCCAAAAUGAAGGACACAACAAAAAACCAUAGAAAGUAGUGUUUCCUGCCAUCUGACUUUUGCUUUAUAGAUCAUGGCUGAGACAGGUGUGUUUGGAAUGAAAUUGGCAAGCUUAUGCAUCAUAAACACAUUAUUCUAAGAUUUUUUUUGAGAAGCAGUUUAAUUAUAUGUAUGUUUUCUAAUAUUUCAGCCAAGACUUUUAUUCCAGAAAGGAUUAUUACAUGCCUUGGUAGUUUGAAAGAUAAAGUGAAGCAGUUCCUAGAAUGCUAUUAGUGUCUAGUGACUAAAUUAAUAUCAUUUUGAAAUGUGCUUCAGUGUAUUCAAUCAAAAGGCCAGAACUUCUAGUGGAGGUGAUUCAUCAUAUCAGGAGGAUUAUACAUAUUCAGGUGAAAAACCACCAUGUAAAUGACAUGAACGCUUCUAUAACUCUCAUUUGCCAGAAAUUACUAAGUAGUGGACUGUUAUUUUGUUUUUAAAUUUGUUUUCUGUUUUGUGAAAAAAGAAGGCAAGUUAAAAUAUGAAAACCUAUUUUGAUAAAUGAAAUUGAAAUCAAAAGAGAACAAAUCUGAGUCAGUGAUGUGAGCAGCUUGUUUCCCAUUUUAAAUUCAGAAGGAUUGAAUUAGAAAAAGAGGUAGAAGCUUGCUGAAUUUCUUUAUUUAUUACUGGCUAUUAUUGUGUUGUUUCAGAUCCUUAAUGUUAUUUCAAAACAGUAUUUUAAUAUUUAAUAUCCUUAUAUCUCUAGAUAAGGAUCUUCCUGCAGACAUAGCUUUCAGGGUACUGAACACAAACUACAACAAAUUCAUACAAGCAUCCUGCACGUGCUCACGCACUCAACUGCGUACAAACUAACAGACAAAAGACAUCUAGAAAUAUUUAGCUUUAGAAAUAUCUUGGAAAUUAUUUCUGUUCUUGAGAAAGGGCUUUAAAUUUGAUUUAAUGCUGAUAGUACUAUUUAGACUCAAAAUACAUUCAUUUUCCCCCAGUGAAUCAGAGAAAACAUAAAUUUUAUUUCUAGCUGCAAAACAAAGGCUCUGUUUUUAUUUCCUUCUUGUGCAUUUUCUGGCAAGAAUUAUAUUGUCCUUUGCAUGA